AUGCCGGAUGCAUUUCCCUCCGCAUCCUCCUCCUCCUCCUCCUCCUCCUCCUCCUUCCCACCACACCAGGAAAUUGUGGCUGGGUGCCGGGUAUUCGUCUCGUCCUACUUCCAACUGGGCUUCCUCCCCAAGUCCAUCUUCCUCGAGUCCGUGUCUCGCAACCUCAACACCGUCAGCCCCUUCCUCCUCAGCUGCAUCCUCAGCAUCUCGGCCCGCUUCACCCCGUGCCUGGUCCGCCGCUAUGGAGGCUCCACCCUUGCCACCGAGAACUUCUUGCACAUGGCCAGGGCGAUGGCUCCUUCGCACAUGUACAGGCCGACCCUGGACCGCACGCAGGCCUUCUUCCUGCUGGCCAUCUCGGAGUGGGGCGACGGCGAGAGGGACCGCAGCUCCAUGGACAUGGGCGUCGCCGUGCGCAUGGCCUCGAUUCUCAAGCUGCACCGCGAGGAGACCUACGCCCUGCCCCCAGGGGCCCCAGCCGAACAGGUCAUCCGCGCCGAGUCCGCCAGGAGAACCUUCUGGAUGAUCCACAGCCAGGAGAACCUGCAGGCCGGCUACAGCUCGCCCAUGCCUUUCCCGCCAGAGGAUAUCACCGCCCGGCUCCCCUGCGACGAGCAUGCUUUUGCCUUUGGGGUGCACCCUGCUGCAAGGUCCGCCCUUCCCGGCACGCCUCCGUUUCGCAAGGAAGAGGAACAACAACGAGAGAAACAGAGGCGAAGGGAGGAUGAGGGAACGGCAAUGGACAUAGGAGAUGAACAACAACAAGAAGAAGAAGAAGAAGAAGAAGAAGAAGCGCAACAGGAGCAGCAAAAUAACAACAACAACUACCAAUGCCUCUUUGCAAGCCUGAUUCAGGCGCACAACCUCUGGGGCCACGUAGCAAGGCGCGCAUGCCGCUCCGACCUAAAAUCCGGCGGCGCGUGCCCCUGGGAGCCAGAGAGCGAGUACCAGGUCCUCACCCAGCAGCUGCAGGCCUUCGAGGCCUCCCUCCCGCCGCGGCACAGGUGGUCCCUCUGGAACCUGCGCGGCUGGCGCGAGGAGCAGAUGCACCUGGCCUACCUGAGCAUGUCCAUGGUGCUGCGCGUCAGCGCCAUCGUGGAGCGGCGCAUCUACCUGGACGAGAUCCUGUUCAGCGUCAACAACCCGCACGGCACCGUCUCGCCCAGGACCAAGACCGCCCCCGACGGCUUCUGGGCCACCAUGUCGGCCGAGCUCUUCUCCAACGUGCUCGAGCUGUACGAGCAGAUCGAGGCCUUCUCGGCCGUGCGCGCCGUGUCUCGCGAUGGCGGCGGCAGCGGCAGCAGCAGCGGCAGCGAGGGGUUCCCCGCCAUCCUCGUCUUUUGUGUGUACAUCUGUGGCUCGCUCGCCGCCUACCUGACGAGGUACCCGCAGCUGUGCCCACGCGUCGCGGGCAGGGCUGAGGAGAUGUCGCUGCGGUGUCUGCAGGUCCUGGGCGACCUGCACAAGGCCUGGCCCACCAGCACGAGGUGGAACCAGGGCCUGCAGCAAUACGCCGGGCCUCUUGCUGCAGUUGCCGCCGCCGCCGCCGCCGCCGCCGCUGCUGGGGGAGCAGGAGCAGGCGCAGGAACAGCAGCAGGGUCUGGAGGGAGCGACAGCGCCAGCAGCUCGGGCGACGGCCCGCUCACCCCUGGCGAUUCGUCCUCAGCCUCGUCUAUUCUGGCCAGGGCGUCCGUGUCGGCGUACAUGGACCUGUCCGAUGGCAUACACUUGUCGGAUGUGGUGGAUGACGCUGUCAUCGACCCAAGGCUCACUGCAGUGUCUUCUUCUGCGCAAAAUAACAAGGCAGCACAUCAACAGCAACAGCAGCAGCAGCAACAACAACAACAACAACAACAACAACAACAACAAGGAAUGGCUGGAGGGGCCGGGCCAUUCUGGAAGGCACAUGAAGGGGGACCAUCCCACGCAGACGCCGAGGCGGCCUUCUCCAAUGAGCUGUUUGAGGCUGAGAUGAACACCCUUCUUGCAGGGGAGCCGGACUUUGGCUGGCUUGACUUUGAACGAGGUGGUGCAUGAGCAUGACGAUAUGAUGGUCUGUGACUUGAGGAAGAAUUGUAUACUUUCAUGUGUGUAUGUGUGUGUAAACUAUUAUGAUGGAGGGGGAGGGGGGGGGGGGGGAAUUGAGAAAUGAUUCAAAACAACCAUGCUCGUCCUCUUUGUCGUCAUCAUCAGGCUUACUCCUGAUCAGGGCAUCAAGAAAAAGAAAAAGAAUAAAACAAAAGCCCAAUGAUCGAUCGAAUAAGAAC